AAAAAACAAUUACAGAUAACAUCAACUCUUCCUACUACUAACGAAAGUACACACGAUUUAUAUCCAACUGAAAGUGAUAGAAGAUCUAGACCAUCAGAACGGAAAGCUUCAUCGGAUCGUGUAGUUAGUUUUGAACGAAGUGAUUAUAAAUCAUCGGAGAAGAAGAGAAGUAGAUCAAGAAGAGAUCGAUUACAUACAUCAAAAACUCAUACAACAGCACCUACAUCAAGUAGUAUUAAUUCACUUGCACCUUUAGCUGCAUAUACAAUGGAACAACCAACUUAUUAUAAAGUCCCACCAUCGAUGUAUCAAUUAUCAAAAUUAUAUAUGCCAGUAGUACCGAAUCAUUAUUCAACAUUUCCGUAUAUUGUAAAUUCAAAUAGUUAUUAUCCAUUCGUAUACUAUCAUUAUUAA